GCCGCCCUCCCCUUCGGACAGAGGCACGCACAUGGUUGCGCUCGGUGUCACUUUACAAGACAGUCCUGGACGGUGGACGGUCUUCCUCCAACGCGUUUCCCUUUUGGAUUGUAUCACGUUUUGCCUUGAAGGUUGACGUCCAAGGGGGGAGCUCGGCGCGCUCUCUUUAGGGGCGGAGGUCGACGGAGCUGCCAAAAGUCAUGCCGGCCGGCUUUCAGCAACUCGGAGGAGAGACGGUGACCGGAACCCUGGCUCUAUCGGUCUUCACUGCUGUCCUGGGAUCACUGGAGUUCGGAUACAACAUCGGCGUCAUCAAUGCGCCUCAGAAGAUCAUCGAGGAGGACUACAACUCCACAUGGGCGCACCGGCACGGACAAGCCAUCCCGGCGGGGACCCUCACGUCCCUGUGGUCCCUGUCGGUGGCCAUCUUCUCCAUCGGAGGCAUGCUGUCCUCAUCCUGUGUGGGCUUUGUUUCCGAGUGGCUGGGCAGGAGAAAAGCUCUGCUGAUCAACAACCUGCUGGCCUUCGUGGGCGGCGGCCUGAUGGGCCUGUCCAAGCUGUGUCGCUCCUUCGAAAUGAUGAUCCUCGGACGCUGCGUCAUCGGCGCCUACUGCGGGCUGGCGUCCGGCUUGACCCCCAUGUACGUGGGGGAGAUCGCGCCCACCGGUCUGCGGGGGGCGCUGGGCACGCUGCAUCAGCUGGCGAUCGUCACGGGAAUUCUCCUCGCGCAGAUCUUAGGGCUGCAGCAGCUGCUGGGCGGCGAGGAGCUGUGGCCCGUCCUGAUGGGGCUGACGGUGGUGCCCACCGUCCUCCAGAUGGCGCUGUUGCCCUUUUGCCCGGAGAGCCCCCGCUUCCUCUUCAUCGUCCGCUGUCAGGAGCACCAGGCCAAGAGAGGCCUGCGGCGGUUGACCGGCCGUCAGGACGUGGGCGACCUGCUGGCGGAGAUGAAGGAGGAGAAGAGGAGGAUGGACAUGGAGCGGAAGGUCUCCAUCCUGGAGCUGUUCCGCUCGCCGGUGCACCGCCAGCCCCUCGUCAUCUCCAUCCUGCUGCAGCUCUCCCAGCAGCUCUCCGGGAUCAAUGCGAUUUUCUACUACUCCACGAGCAUCUUCACCAAGGCCGGAGUCCAGAGUCCGGUUUACGCCACAGUAGGAGCCGGAAUAGUGAACUGUGCUUUCACCGUGGUCUCGCUCUUCCUCGUGGAGCGGAUGGGCCGGAGGACCCUCCACAUGCUGGGACUGGGCGGCAUGUGCGUCUGCGCCGUGCUCAUGACCGUCGCUCUCAGCUUAUUGGACACGGUCCCCGCCAUGAGCUACGUCAGCAUGCUGUCCAUCUUUGGCUUUGUGGCCUUCUUCGAGGUGGGUCCGGGUCCCAUCCCUUGGUUCUUUGUCGCCGAGCUGUUCUCGCAGGGUCCCCGGCCGGCCGCAAUGGCCGUGGCGGGCUGCUCGAACUGGACCGCUAACUUCGUCGUCGGCAUGGGCUUCCAGUACGUUGCUGAGCUGUGCGGUCCGUACGUCUUCCUGAUCUUCGCCGUGCUCCUGCUCUUCUUCCUCAUCUUCACGUUCUUCCGCGUGCCCGAGACGCGGGGGAAGACCUUCGACCAGAUCGCCGCCAACUUCCACCGCAGCUCGCCCGACGCCAUGAUGGACAUGGAUAUGGAGCUCAACAAGACCAGCACGGAAUUGGACUACUUGGGGGACGAAAGAGUUAACUGAGAACUGGACAUUUUCCAUGACGACGUUUGAGGGGUUUUAUUGUAUUUAUUAUGGCGUGCUUUGGUUUCCGACAAAACGAUUUUAACUCUUAUUUCCACAGGACGCGUAACGCACAUUUACUUUUAAUUCCACACUGUAAUUUCUGCACUUUAAUAAUAUACAUCAGUGGCUGUUUUUGUUAAAUACAAAAAAAUAAAGCCUCAAAACAGGAACGCCUGUCAAACAUUUCAUCUGACUUUAACCGAACGUAUUCGACAGACUCAUGGUAACGCUGAAUUACAACAUAUUUGUCACAUGGUGGGUAAAGUUCGAUAACGAAUCCAGGAAGGGCUACAAACAACUUUUCCCAGACGUUUUCAUCCAAGAGCUACACAAUUUGUAACCAUGCUAAAUUAUAGACAUUUUGCAUUUUUUGUCAGUGUGUGAGCGAAGUUGUUAGGUGCCUUGACAAAUCACUACCAGAUGGUAAAAUACAAAAGUUUUCCAUUUUUUUUUUUUUUUAAAUAAUGGCAUGACAGCAAAAAUGGAUUAGUCAGGUAUUAAAAAACAUUGCAGAAAAACAAAGCGGUCUUGGAUGUUUGGCUGACACGAACCCAAUUUCAAACAUUACCAGAUGAGUGAUGCUAAAUUACAAAACUAACAUGUGCAACAGUCAAUGAUUUAUUGAAAAGGCAAAGUCAUCUUUGACGUUCCAUCUUUUCACUACCCAAUUUUAACCACAUACUCGACAGUAAAUUGCAACCAUCUCAACUUUUUGCAAUAGCUUUCACAUCAAGCAAAUUUAGCCAAAUGCCCAUCCCUGUAGUGAACAUACAUUGAGCCAGCUGGGACUUUGGAGUGUUUUCCUACUUAGAAGAAAAUCUAUUCCGUCAAUACCUCGUGUAGAUAUUCAUUUCAAAUCAUUUUAGAUGUACAUUUUCUGCCCCGAUGUAAAUAAACUGCAAUAAA